GUUACACAUGUACGAACCCCACUAUAUAUACCCACAUUGCUGGCACUGAAAUCGUCGUUACUUUACAAAUCAACCACCACCAAACAACAACAAGAGAUCAAACACAAACAUCGGAAACUACAUUCUGACAAAACACAUCAAACCCCUCUUCAUGUCAACUUUCUCCACCUCAAUUUCACCUUAAAAAUCCACCUCGAUUAAUUCUCUCGACUCAUGUCAACUCCUACCAAAAACACGACACGAAAACAAGGCGAAGACCUCCUCUUAGGCCGCUACGAAAUCGGAAAACUUCUCGGCCACGGCAGCUUUGCAAAGGUUUAUCAUGCAAGGAACAUUAAAACAAACGAAAGCGUUGCGAUCAAAGUUAUUGAUAAGGAGAAGAUUCUUAAGGGUGGUUUGAUCGCUCACAUUAAACGUGAGAUUUCGAUUUUACGACGUGUGAGGCAUCCGAAUAUUGUGCAGCUGUUUGAGGUAAUGGCUACGAAAUCUAAGAUUUUUUUUAUAAUGGAGUAUGUGAGAGGUGGUGAGCUUUUUAAUAAGGUGGCUAAGGGUAGAUUAAAGGAAGAUGUGGCUAGAAAGUAUUUUCAACAAUUAAUUUCAGCUGUGGGAUUUUGUCACUCUCGUGGGGUGUUUCAUAGAGAUUUGAAACCUGAAAAUAUUUUGUUAGAUGAAAAUGGUGAUCUUAAGGUUUCGGAUUUUGGGCUUAGUGCCAUUUCGGAACAGAUUAGGGGGGAUGGUUUGUUUCAUACAUUUUGUGGUACCCCUGCUUAUGUGGCUCCUGAGGUUUUGGGGCGAAAAGGGUAUGAUGCAGCUAAGGUAGAUUUAUGGUCUUGUGGGAUUAUUUUGUUUGUGUUAAUGGCUGGUUACUUGCCAUUUCAUGAUCAAAAUAUAAUGAUUAUGUAUAAGAAGAUUUAUAGAGGGGAAUUUAGAUGUCCUAGAUGGUUUUCGCCUGAAUUGACUCGGUUGUUGACAAAAAUUCUUGAUACUAAUCCGGAAACUAGGAUGACAAUUCCGGAGAUUAUGAAUAAUAGGUGGUUUAAAAAGGGGUUCAAACAUAUUAAGUUUUAUAUUGAGGAUGAUAAGUUGUGUAGUGUUGAAGAUAAUGUGGAUGAUGAGACUAAUUCUAUGUCGGAUACUUCUGUAUCCGAGACAGAAUCAGAAGUGGAGAGUCGGAAGAGGUUCCCUCGUUUACUUAGACCGGCUAGUUUGAAUGCCUUUGAUUUGAUUUCAAUGUCGUCAGGGUUUGAUUUGUCAGGGUUGUUUGAGGAAGAAGGGAAGCAUUCAAGGUUUGUGUCGGAUGCACCUGUGCCUGACAUAAUAUCCAGACUGGAGGACGUUGCGAAGGUGGUCAGUUUUACCGUGAGGAAGAAAGAUUGCAGGAUGAGUUUUGAUGGUUCUAAGGAAGGAGUUAAGGGCCCCUUAUCAAUUGGUGCCGAAAUAUUUGAACUGACACCAUCGUUGAGGGUGGUAGAAGUGAAGAAGAAGGGCGGAGACCAAAGAGAGUAUGAAGAGUUUUUUGAUCAAGAAUUGAGGCCGGCAUUGCAGAAUCUUAAGACGUUGGAGUCUGCAGAACCCUCACGUGUGCCUUCGGAUACUGAAUAGGAGAUAGAAAGAGAGACAUAAGGCUACCAAAGAACAGACACACUUUUAUUUUCAGAGUACAAUAUGUUGGUGUCAAAAUAAAUGAUGAAAGUAACAGAAGUUUGGUGAACGCAGCUGUUGAAGUAGCCAAACACGAUAUAGAUGUUGACCAGGACCAUUGCCUGGUGUAAUAAGCAUGAAAAUGCAGAUCAAAACGUAAUCAAAGCUACGAUGUAACACCUUAAGGACCAUAUAGCUUCAGAUUGGGGUAUAAAAAUCUAUUGAAGGAUAAUUCUUUAGAUCAAUGAGGCUCCAAGAAACAUAUGUGGAGCAUAGAAGACUGAAUGAUUUGGACUUACAUAGCCAGGAUGAGUUGCUUGACAAACAUGUAUCUGUGGUCAAGUGGCUAGCUACAUGGCCUCUUCUGGGACACUGUUCGAUUCUCUCUUUCAUUCCAGGGAAGAUUUUGCACGGCAAGAAUGGGUGGCAGAUCAAAGGCCAUAUGUCAAUUUAAAGUUUUCUGAGAUUGAUGCCUAAACUCAAUUCACUGUUUCGAUCCUAUACCAUCAAUUAUAUACAUUAUAUACAUUAUUUAAAGCUUUAAAGUUUUCAGGCUAACGUUGUAAUAUUUUGUGUUGUCUAACGAAAGUCUUUCAUGAUUUAUUUACCUUUCGCAAUAGUUGAUCCCAAAAAAGUCCUUUGUGUAAAAUUCGUAAAAAUUGGAUCAUAGUGUUUUGAAUGUGAUAUUUUGGAUUCUAUGC